GCGAAUAACGCGUUCGCGUCUGCCACAUUAUUGCACCGAGUCAACACACUUCUCUCGAUUUAUUAACGACACGCUGCGCUACCAUGAGUGCACGAGGUUCUGGGAGCGCCACGGCACUCAGGCGACUGAUGACGGAGUACAAACAAUUGACCUCUCAAGGUUCCCCUGACGGGAUGUUCACUGCUGGCCCGGUGUCAGAGUCGGAUUUCUUCACUUGGGAGGCGCUUAUUGUCGGUCCGAAAGAUACACCAUUUGAAGGAGGUGUUUUUGUCGCGAAGUUGACCUUUCCUCCCGACUACCCCUUGUCACCCUUCAAGAUGAAGUUUGACCCGCCUAUAUUCCAUCCCAAUAUCUACCCUGAUGGGACAGUCUGCAUUUCCAUUCUCCACACUCCGGGUGAUGAUCCGACCCAGUAUGAGUCUGCAUCCGAGCGCUGGAGCCCUGUACAGAGCGUAGAGAAGGUCAUUCUCAGCGUGAUCUCCAUGCUAGCAGAGCCCAACCUGGAGAGUGGAGCCAACAUCGAUUGCUGCAAGCUGUACAGAGAGAAUAAAGCGGAGUAUGAACGUAUAGUUAGGGAGAGUAUCAAGGAACAGCUGGGAUUGUAGCAAUCAUUGUAGCAUAUUUAUUAUAGCCCGUGUACAGUUAGUGCUUAGCUUCAUACAGAAGUUGAAUAUGGGGUCCGCUAUGUUCGAUGAUGUCCUAACC